GCCACCGGCGCUCUCAAUUGUCGAUGUCCAGAUUGGAUCAGGCCGCAAGUCCCAUCUUUCCGAUUGGAUAGUGACUCUGCCCCGCCAACGAAUGCUUGCCGUGUACCUCCUUUUGCAGAAAUCAUGCCAUGCUUCCCUACCGUGUGCCGACCAUCACCUUGUCCUUGACUACCUAGCGUUGUCUCUGCCUUCGUCCAACUCGAGGUCACCUCUUCCCUGAGCGCUACCGUCUCCAAGGCUCGUUGCACUAUUCAUGGGGACACUGGAAGUCAGCGUCAAGUUUUGCUCUAUUCGCGCUGCUAGAUCUUGGAAAAAAAUGAGUAAAAAAAGCACGGAAUAAAGAGAAGUCCUGCUCCUGAGGGACAUUGUGUUUCCGCAUCAGUUCCUUCUCAUGGUGGACUGACACUGACUGUAGAAACUUCAGCAAUUAAAGGAAUUGGUUCCUGGGUUAUUUUAGUUUGUAAAAAAGUAUUUCCUCAAAUAUGGUGGCCUCUCUAGAUAAUGUGAGAGGCUUGACUUUAGCCAUGUCAUCCAGUGCAUUCAUCGGUUCAAGCUUUGUAAUCAAGAAAAUUGGGCUGAAGAAGGCUGGGGAUUCUGGGGCUAGAGCAAGAGCAGGUUCUGGAGGUCAUUCAUACUUGUAUGAACCAUUAUGGUGGCUGGGAAUGGUCACUAUGAUUCUGGGCGAGAUAGCAAACUUUGCAGCAUACGCAUUUGCCCCUGCCAUACUUGUUACUCCUCUAGGAGCUCUGAGCAUCAUAUUUAGUGCAGUGCUCGCACACUUCAUCCUGAAAGAGAGAUUGCAUAUGUUUGGUGUUGUUGGUUGCAUCUUGUGUGUUGUUGGGUCUGUUGGUAUAGUUUUGCAUGCCCCAAAGGAGAGGGAGAUUAAUUCAGUGGAGGAAAUAUGGCAUUUUGCAACUCAGCCAGGUUUCAUUGUUUAUUCAUGUGUGGCUGUGGUUGGUGCUCUUUUUUUGAUUUUCUGGGCUGUCAAACGCUCUGGUCAUAGGAAGAUGCUCGUCUAUAUUGCAAUCUGUUCACUAAUGGGAUCACUCACGGUUAUCAGCGUAAAAGCAGUUGCCAUUGCCUUGAAGCUGUCAUUUAGUGAAUCAAACCAAUUCAUCUACGUCCAGACGUGGUUCUUCAUAUUUGUUGUCAUUAUUUGCUGCUUGGUGCAGUUGAACUAUUUAAACAAGGCUUUGGACUCUUUCAAUACGGCUGUGGUCUCUCCUGUAUACUACGUGAUGUUCACCAUUCUUACGAUUCUCGCUAACAUGAUUAUGUACAAGGCCAUGAUUAUUUCCCCAUUUCAGGAUUGGGUUUCACAGAGUGCAACACAGAUAGCUACUCAACUAUGUGGGUUCGUGACUAUUGUUGCAGGGACUUUUCUACUUCACAAGACUAACACCAGCAGCACAGAUAGACAUGCGGAGAGUGCACCAACGCCUCCACCUCCACCGCCGCCGCCGCCGCCUGAUCAAAUUUGUGUGCAGGGAUGAAGCCUGCUUCCAAGUUAUUACCUAACUUCAGCUCCACGUCUAACAUGUACCAAAACAUUGAGACAACAAGCACAUGGAAUCCGAUUGAAUGUUAUAUUGGUAUAGUAGUAGCAUAUUUUGUUAAAGAUGUUUCUCUUUUACCUGUAUAGUUGAAGUGUAUGAAUAUAGUCUUCACUACACAUGACUUGAAAUUUAUGCAGAGAGUUUAUUAUAA